AUGAGCGAGGAACGUAGAAUCAAGUCCGUGGCUGUUGUUGGCGCGGGUGCGGGAGGGGCUAUCGCCGCGGCAGCAUUAAAAGCUGAAAACUAUUUUGAACGGAUUCGGGUAUUUGAGAGACGGGAGACACCUGGGGGAACAUGGAUUUACGACUCGGACCCGACGCCCGCAUUAGAGGUGCAUCCGGGAAAGUUACCUCCCGAUGUCGAUCCGCCGCUGGAAAUCCCGAAGGAGCUCCCUCAGGUCACACCACCUAACCAGCAAGAAAGGUUUUCUAAGACGCCUAUCUACAAUUCUUUAACAACCAAUGUGCCCGAUAUCGCUAUGUGCUUCUCCGAUAGGAGGUUCGCCUACGGGCCCUUCCCACCGCAUCAUGUUCCCAAGCAGUACGUCGAGAGUUAUUUCUCGCUCCACAAAACAGACUCGUUUCUGAGUCUGAGUACUACUGUCGAGGAUAUCACCAAACUGAAGCCCGAUUCGGAAAACGGUCCUGAAAGAUGGAGAUUGACCCUCCGGAAGUACGACCCGUCUCGUCACGUUGACUUCUGGUGGGAAGAGACCUUUGACGCCGUGAUCCUAGCAAAUGGGCACUACUCUGUACCUUACAUCCCUUACGUCAAAGGCCUCCAAGAAUACGCCCAAAAAUUCCCCGGCCGCGUGUCACACUCAAAGUACUACCGGUCACCCUUCCCAUAUAUCGGGCAACGCGUCGUCAUCAUCGGAAACUCCGCAUCAGGCCACGACCUAACCGCCGAACUAGCCUCAACAGCACGACAACCCGUCUUCCAAUCGCGGCGCUCCAAAUCCCGCUGGGACGGCCCCGAGCCGCCUCCGGGCAUCGCAUGGAAGCCCGUGAUAUCGGAGUACGAUGCCGAGGACGGCAGCAUCCUAUUCUCGGACGGAACGCGGCUAACAGACGUCGACGCCGUGAUCUACGCCACUGGAUACAAUGCGUCCUUCCCAUUCUGGAACGCCGCCGCAAACAGCAACGGGGGCGAGCCGCUGUGGGAUUACGCCCGCGGCAAGCUCGUCGGGAACUACUGGCACACAUUCUUCCGCGCACACCCCACGCUCGGAAUCGUCGGCGUGCCCCGCGUCCUAACCUUCCGCAGCUUCGAGUACCAGGCCAUCGCUCUCGCACGGCUGUUCGCCGGGCGCAACGCAGUCCCGUUACCCCCGGCGGCCGAUCAGGAGCGCUGGGAGCGGGAACGGCUGGAAAAUACACGGCGGGAGGGUAGGAAGUUCCACGAUAUCAAUUGGGACCGGGGGGAGACAGCAGAAUGGCUGGAGGGAUUGUUCCGGAUCGCGGGGCUAGGUACGCUAAGGGGAGAUGGGAGGGUACCGCCGCCGUUGACUAGGGAGAUCGUCUGGGCGGUUGAGCAUUUGAGGAAGUAUCCGGAGCCGGGGAAAGGGAAGGAUGGGGAUGAGGAUGGAAAGGGAAAGGGAAAGGAGAAUGAUUCGGUUAUAGAUGCUAGGAAUGAUCAGACGAGUACCCAAGACGAUGGAUGGGUAUUAGUUGAUAGGCGACAUAAAGAUUUAUUAGGAUUCAUAUGA